AUGUCUGGAGAAGUAGACUACGGCUUCGGCGACCUCAUGGACGACCCAGAGGAUUACUGCCCCCCUACGCCCCCGCCUACAUCCCAGGUCUUCACUAUGCAGAGCGGCAAGCCCAUAAAGUUGCAUCUCGUCGGCGCCAGCCCUACCGAGGCUCACCAUCUGUGGAACGGCGCAAAGAUGAUUGCCGAUUUCUUCGAGGAGGAUCCCUCACGGGUAAAGGACAAGACGGUUCUUGAACUCGGUGCUGCCGCUGGUCUUCCUAGUCUUGUCGCUGCUAUCCUUGGGGCGCAUAAGGUCGUCGUGACGGAUUAUCCGGACCCUGAUAUCAUCAGAAUCAUGCAAAAGAACGUCGACGAGUGUGACGAGACUGUCGAGCCCCGCGGCCGUAUCGUCAACACCGUCGAUGCCAUGGGCUUUGUUUGGGGCGCAGACUCGGUCCCGCUGCUGGCUCGUCUGAACCCAACCGACGACUCUCACAAGGAACGCUUCGAUAUUCUGAUCCUAGCCGAUCUCCUAUUCCGACACAGCGAGCACGGAAACAUGGUCAAUACGAUCAAGGAGACGCUGAAAAUCUCACGUGAGAGCGUCGCCUACGUAUUCUUCACCUCUUACCGGCCGUGGAAGAAGGAGCUCGACAUGGGCUUCUUUGAUAUCGCGCGUGAGCAAGGCUUCGAGGUGGAGCAGAUUGCUGAGCGAAGACUCGACAAGCCGUUGUUUGAGAACGACCCUGGUGAUUUGGAUGUUCAAAAGACUGUCAAGGGAUUUGCUGUGCGGUGGUCUGCCGAGGCGUGCAACUGA